UCGACCUGAAAUGAUUAAAUUUUCGGAGAUUUAAAGAUUAUUUUUUACGGAAACAUUUACUUCCUUCGAGGAAAUUAAUUUUUAGUGACUUAGAAAAGAAUUUUCUAACAAAAAAGUGUAAAAACAAACAAUGAAGUUGGUCAAGUGCUUCAUCUUUUUCGCCGGAAUCGUCAUGUGUUCCGGUCAAAACAUCCAAACGCCGUGUCCAGAAUUCUUCCAAUACAAAUAUGACCAAACCGAGAGACAAUAUUUUGGAUAUUUGGAACUUCCGCCACCAGAAUUGGGACAAAAUGUGAAGCUAAAUGUGAAUUUGCAGCUGCGAGUGACGUUACCAACUAAGUACUACGGGACACUUGAAGCAGUUGGGACACGCGAAUCCAUCAUUCGUGACAUCAUUGCGCGACGAAAUGUGCGCUACAAGAUCCGUUUUCCUCUGCAAAACCCCCUUCCACGAAUUUCGUCCAUCAUUUACGACUCAAAAAUCAUCUGCACCGGACUUCAAGAAUUUGGCGGCGGGAUCGUUACAAUGAUCAAAUUAGAGCAUACCUUAUACACAGCGGCAGCAGGAAGAGCCCUGCAUGCGCAACUGAAGCAACAACAACAACAACAAAGCGUGUCAGCUAAACCUGUCAAUGUGAGAAAACGCGUGACAAGCACUUCAACGACCACGGAGGCAAAUUAUGACGACGAAUAUUACGACGAUCUCCCGGAAUCCAAUGAAGUUCGUACUCAAACCACGUCCGAAGUGUGUGGCAAACCAGUUCUUACCACACCUUUGAUAUUCGGCGGCGACGAAGCAUCUCGCGGACAAUUUCCCUGGCUCGCUGCUCUAUACAGAAAACGCAAAAAGGGCAGCACGGAGUUCAAAUGUGGCGCAACUUUGGUAUCAAGAAAUGCAGUUAUCACGGCGGCUCAUUGCCUGAAAUUCGAUUCGCAUGUCAUGCCGGUGAACGAAAUUGUCGUCAUCCUGGGGAAACAUAAUUUGGACGAUUUUAGUGAGACUGGAUCGCAAACGGUGUAUGCCAAGGACAUCAUUUUGCAUCCAGAUUUCAUGUCAAAAGACACUUCAUUCGAUGCGGACAUUGCCAUCAUCCUGCUGAAGCGUCACGUGCAAUACAGUCAGUACAUCCGUCCCUUGUGCAUUUUCUCGGAAGUCACGAAACAUCAUCCAGGCGAAAAAGGGACCGUUAUUGGAUGGGGCAAAGAUCAUCUCGAGGGCACGAUAAAAAGUUAUCCAAGCACGAUCGAAAUGCAACUUGUAUCGGACGCGACGUGUCUCCGGGCGCACGAAUCCUUUCAAUAUAUCACGUCAAGUAGGACAUUUUGUGCGGGAAAUGCCAACGGAACGGGACCCUGUAGCGGGGACAGUGGAGGUCCGUUGAUGAUGAAACGCCGUGGAAAAUGGUUCCUCAAGGGAAUUGUCUCGGCAUCGCCAAUUGACGUCGAAACGCAUUCGUGCGACCUCAAAACGUACGUUGUCUUCACCGAUGUAACGAAAUUUCUGCCGUGGAUCAAGAGACACAUCAGGGAAUGAAUGAAAAAAAAAUUAAUUAUUUUGUAAUUUAUUUGUCUUUGGAUCAUCAUCAUAAACUUAAGUUUAAAAUUUGUAAUUUUAAAUGUAUGUAAAGAUAAAUUUUUUAUAUUUAGGAUACUUUUUUAUUCUAAGUGGGAGCAAUGUUAAUAACGCGCACUAUUCUUGAUUUUUUUUUAAAUAUAUAAGUUGUUGUUUGUAAGGAUAAAUAUGUCUUUUUUUUUAACCACAAUCGCUUUUUAUUAUUCUUAUUGUGAGUAUGCCUUGAGUAAAUGUUACGUAAAUGUUCUUUAAAUAGAGUUUGAAUAUCACUUUUUUGUCGCUAAAUUUUCUAGUGAGGCCGCUUUAGUUUUUUUAGAACUUUUGUCUCAAUUUAAAACUCGAAAAAUUAACAUUUUUAAACUUUUUAUAAUU